UUCAGCCGCAGACUACGCGUUCACCGGUUUUGCGCGCACACCGCGUUUACCUGUGUGCCCAGCGCUCCCGCACGCGCACGUCCCUGAUAGCGCAGCGCGAUUAAUCCAGUUUGAGAGCUGCCGAGCUGAGAGCGCGGUUGGAGAUGUCCGAGCUGCCCGAGCCGCCCGCAGACAGCAGUAUCACGCUGACAGGCGCGACGAAUGACUACGGCGACGUCCCGCAAUCAGAGGUAGGCGGCGGGAGACGGGAGCCGGCCCUGGCUCAGCCGGAGGCGGCCAGCGAAGCGAUGGCGGCCGCCAGGCAAGGCCUGAUGGAGCAGGCCCGGGAGAGUCCGGGGGCGGCGCCCAGGGGAGCCCGAAUGGCAGAGGUCGCUCGAUUGUUGGCGGAGCCUGCGGAGGAAGAGGGUCCUGAGGGCAGACCCCGGUCUAGGCCCGGGAACGGGCCAGGCUUGAAUGCGUUGCCCUAUCUCCGCCUCCGUCACCCACUUGGCAUUCUAGGAAUUAAUUACCAGCAGUUCCUCCGCCACUAUCUGGAACACUACCCCAUAGCUCCGGGCAGAAUACAGGAGCUGGAAGGACGCCGCAGGAGGUUUGUGGAAGCCUGCAGAGCAAGGGAAGCGGCGUUUGAUGCCGAAUAUCAGCGGAAUCCUCAGAGGAUGGAUUUUGAUGUUUUAACGUUUACUGUAGGUCUGACUGCAUCUGAAAUUAUCAAUCCACUCAUAGAAGAACUUGGUUGUGAUAAGUAUAUCAGUAGAGAAUAGCUGAAACUGCUUCAAGAAGAACCAGUGCAUUCAAAAUGUGUUAGACCAAUCCUGUAACUUGAUUUUUAAAAAGUCAGAGUAUGGGAGAAUAAGGCAUGGCACCGCUUAAAAGGAAACUUCUCAUGAAAAGCAUCAGACAAGAAAACAUUUCCUUGAAAAUGUCCUUUGGAUUUGUGAUUGUUCCAGAUUCUUUUCCCUGCAUCGUGGAAAAUGCCUUUCAAAACUGCUUCAUAAAACUGAGACUUGAUGAGGAAGAGCUGCCACGAAUAGAGCCCAUGAUGGUGAAAGAAGUUAUCAAAUAGCCAUGGUAGGAAUAUGAGUUCCGGCUGAGUCAUUAGGACAGGAAGGUCACGAGGGAACUUGAAAUGGUCAGAAUAUGUGCUUCCUUCAUAUCAGAUUCAAUAGCUGUGAGUGUAAGAUUGAUGGUGUUUUCUGAGGCAUUUCAAAUGGCAAGCAAAGUCAAUACUGUAUAUAUUACAUGAUAAAUUAUAUUCAGGAAUAUCUGAAAUUUCUGGAUUUCUCUUCUCAUUCAGUUUGGUACAUACUCUGUAUGCCCCCAGAAUAUAAAAUGUACAGUGAAAAGUCUUCCAUCCCUCUCCCCCUCCACCAGGGUACCAGCACAAUCCCCAGCUGUAACCACAGUACCUUUUCUUUCUUUUUUUGGUUUUUUUUUUUGUUUUUUUUAGGGCUACACCUGCAGCAUAUGAAGGUUCCCAGGCUAGGGGUCUAAUCGGAGCUGUAGCCUCGGACCUACGCCACAGCUACAGCAAUUCCAAAUCCAGCUGGGUCUAUGACCUACACCACAGCUCACGGCAACACUGGAUCCUUAACCCACUGAGCGAAGCCAGGGCUCGAACCCGCAACCCCAUGGUUACUGGUCAGUUUCAUUAACCUCUGAGCCACGAAGGGAACUCCCACAGUACCUUUCCUGUGUUUACAGUCUCCCUGUAUGUCUACACAAGCAAAUACAAAUCUGGGGGUUUUUUUCAUUUCUUCACAAAAGUUAGCAAAUUAUGUUUAUUGUUUUAUGCAUUGCAUUUUCAGUAAGAGCUUACAAUCCACUACAUUUCCUCAUUCUUUUUUUCUUUUUUCUUUUUUUUUGGCUGCUCCUACAGCAUAUGGAAAUUCCCAGGCUAGGGAUCAAAUCCAAGCCAGAGCUGCAACCUAUGCCACAGUUGUGGCACUGCCAGAUCCUUAACCCACAGCACCCAGCCAGGGAUCGAAACCCAAGCUGCUGCAGUUGGAUUCUUAACCCACUGCACUGCAGCAGGAACUCCCUCCUCAUUCUUUUUUAGAGCUGUAUUUUAUUCAGUCUAUGGUUGUGUUGUAAGUUACUUAACUGGGAACAUAUUGAUGGACAUUUAUGUUUUUUCUCAAUAUUUUCUAUUGGCAAAAAAAAAUUCUGAAAUUAAUCUUUUAUGUAUAUUGCAUGGCAUGUGCACAAAGAGAGUAUUGCUCUGAUUUUCAAUUCACUUUUCAUAUCCUGACAUCUCUGAAUUUGCAUUCUAUCUUACCUUGGGUGGUGUAAUAUAGGUAUUUUCAUAAAAAUAACAGUGCAUCAGCAGCUUCUUAGAUUCUUUAUCGUAUCUGCAGUAUGAAUUUCCAGAAGUGAGAAUUCCUUGCCAAAUGCACCUAUUUGAAAGUUUAUAGUUAUUGCUAAGUUGCCUUCCGUACAUACAUAUUAUACCACUUUCACUCCCACCAGCCGCUGGUGAACGCGGACACGCACUCGUGGCCUCACCAACACAGUAAGUCAUCAGGCGUCUGGAUCUUGCCAAUCUCUAUCAUUGAAAAAUGGUAUAUAUCAGUUUUCAUUUGCUUUUCUCUCAUUAUGAGUAGUUAAACAUCUUUGUUGGAGUCGUAUACAUUCCCUUUUCCAUAAACUAUCUGUUCAUGUCUUUUCUCCAUCUCUCCUGAAUAAUUUUGUCCCUUCCUGUUGACUCUAGCAACUAUAAAUAAAAUGAAAUGAGAUAUGGUAAUAGCUUA